AUGCUGACCAAAGUACGCAUUGUGUGUAUUUCUGACACCCAUAAUGCCGCUCCCGGACAAGGCUACACCCUACCAAAGGGCGAUAUUCUCAUCCAUGCCGGCGAUCUCACAAAUCAAGGGAGUCACACAGAGAUGAAGAAGGCAGUACAGUGGCUCACAGAGGUGGACUUUGAGGUCAAGAUUGUUGUCGCAGGCAACCAUGAUCUGUCCCUGGACCGAGAAUAUACUCUAAAGCACAAAGAAGGGUGGUCGGUGAUGCCUCAAGAUGUAGCAGAUAUUCGGGAAUCUCUAACAUCCGAGUCAUCCAUCGUAUAUCUACAACACGUUCGCAAGGAUGUAUUGAUCCCGAGCAAAGGAGUGACACUACGAGUGUUCGGCUCGCCCUAUUCACACGCGGACACGAACAAACGCCAGAAUUGGGCCUUCCAGUAUGCUGAGGAUGAUGCAGACGCAUGCUGGUCGAACAUAACCUCCGAUAUUGAUCUUUUGAUUACGCACAGCCCGCCUCGAGGACACUGUGAUACCAGCCGUCACUGGCAGGGAGGAGGCUGUCCUACGCUGGCUCGGACCAUUUCCAGGGUCAGACCACUUCUACACGUGUGUGGUCACUGUCACGAGGGACGUGGUGUCGAGAUCAUCGAAUGGAACGAGCAACCGUCGUCAUCAUCGACCACGGAGCAAGUGUCGCGUGUGCUUCCGUGGGAGGACCCUGGAAAGAACUCGAAGAAACAAUCGCUACUUGAUCUCACGGGUCGACGUGGCUAUACUCUACAAGCCGGCGAGACGACUGCCGUGGUCAACGCGAGCAUCACGGCACGGUCAUUUGGUCAUGGGACCAAAACGUACAACAAGCCGAUUGUCGUUGAUAUUCUGCUGGAAGGUACGGGUACCUGA